UCCUGUACGGCCCAACCGAGACGCCCGUCCGCCAAGAGCGGACGCAGCGAGGGAGAGCCCGAGGCCUGCACCCGUGCAUGGUCCCUUGUCAGAAGCAGGCACUGAGAAGCCAGACACCCGGAAACUUGGGAGAAGCCAUGGUGUUGGUGGUGCUAGAGAAGCGUGGCCUCCCCCUCCGCAUCCUCAGGACCACCCUGCUUCUUAUCAGCCUCCCCCAGGGCGUGUGCGGCCCAGCCCGUGCCAACCUGACCAAAGCUCUGGGCCAGAUGGGGCCACUGGUGGGGGGCUGCUCCCUGAGCAUCGGGGAUGGCUCAGUGCUGGAGUUCGAGUUUCCGGAAGACAACGAAGGCGUCAUCGUGAUCUCAAGCCAGUGCCCAGGCCUGAGCAAUGGGAGCAUGCUCCGUCCCACGCUCAGGGUCAUCUCCCUGGAGCCCUCCGUGCUGACCAUCAGGAACGUGAGCACCAUCAGCUGGGGCAGCUUCGUGGUAAACAUCCACUCCGGCCUGGCAGGGCUGGCACCCCUCCGCCUGCAGCUGGUGGACCUGCAUGCCGUCCCGCCCCUGCUGAUCAAGGAGCGGGCCGAUUUCCGCAUCAGGGUCUCGCCAGCCGAUGAUGGGCCCACCACCCUCAGGUCUGACAUGGCCCACUUUUCGGAGAACCCGAUUCUCUACCUGCUGCUUCCACUCAUCUUCGUCAACAAGUGUUCGUAUGGGUGCAAAGUGGAGCUGGAGGUGCUGAAGGGGCUUCUGCACAGGCCCCAGCCUAUGCUGCUGGGCCUCCUGGGCCAGUUUCUGGUCAUGCCCUUCUAUGCCUUCCUGAUGGCCAAGGCCUUCAUGCUGCCCAAGGCCCUGGCACUUGGCCUCAUCAUCACCUGCUCUUCGCCUGGGGGUGGGGGGAGCUACCUCUUCAGCCUCCUCCUGGGAGGGGACGUCACCCUGGCCAUCACCAUGACAUUCAUUUCCACUGUGGCUGCCACUGGCUUCCUGCCACUGUCCUCCGCUCUGUAUAGCCGCCUGCUCAGCAUUCACGAGAGCCUCCAUGUGCCCUUCACUAAGAUCCUAGGGACACUACUCUUCAUCGCCAUCCCUAUAGCAGCCGGCGUGGUGAUCAGGUCCAAGCUCCCCAGGUUCUCCCAACUGCUGUUGCUCGUCAUCAAGCCCUUCAGUUUUGUGCUCCUGCUUGGGGGGCUCUUCCUGGCCUACCGCAUGGGCGUCUUCAUCCUGGCGGGUGUCAGGUUCCCCAUUGUGCUGGUGGGCCUGACGGUGCCCCUGGUGGGCCUGACGGUGGGCUACUGCCUGGCCACGUGUCUGAAGCUGCCUGUAGCCCAGCGGCGGACAGUCAGCAUUGAAAUUGGGGUGCAGAACAGCCUGCUGGCCCUGGCCAUGUUACAGCUGUCCUUCCGCCGCCUCCAAGCUGACUAUGCCUCCCAGGCCCCUUUCAUUGUGGCACUGAGUGGCACGUCAGAGAUGCUAGCCCUGGUCAUAGGCCAGUUCAUCUACAGCAGCCUAGUCCCAGUGCCCUGAGGCUCCUGGGCCCCAUCUCCUGACCACCCCCCAUUCUUGUGUACCAAAGGCCUUCAGUGCUCAUGCACUCUGCACUCAGAAAAGCCAGGCGUAUUUUUUUUACUGAUUUUGUAUUCUCCAGCUUUCUGUGCCAAAGAGGCCAUGCUGAGUUAGGUAGCUGGGUGCUGCCCAGAAUUUAUAUUUCAAUAAAAGAGCAAAGCAAA